AUGUCGUUUUUAGGACACAUCAAAGAAUUUGAAGAAUCUGAUGACAUUGAACUGUACCUAGAGCGGGUAGAUCAAUAUUUUAAAGCUAAUUCUGUUAAGGACGCCACUAAAGCUCCUAUUCUUUUAACGCUCAUAGGGCCUAAGCCUUAUGGGGUUCUUAAAAAUCUAGUAGCCCCUAAAUCUGUGGAUUCUCUCGGAUUAGAGGACAUUGUCAAACAUCUUAAGGCCCACUAUGCUCCUAAAAAGCUUCUCAUAUCAGAACGCUACAAGUUCUACAAGAGGGAUCAGCUCUCGGGUGAAUCUGUUUCAAACUAUGUCAUUGAACUUAAGAGACUUGCUUCUCAGUGUAACUUUAACACAUUUCUGGAGGAGGCGCUGCGGGACCGGCUGGUUUGCGGCCUCACCAACGAGGCGAUACAGCGUAAGCUGCUUACGGAAAGUGAUCUUACUUUUACAAGGGCAGUAGAAGUUGCGGUCUCUAUGGAACUAGCUUCCAGGGAGUUAAGGGGGUUUCACGAGUCCAGUUCGGAGUUUUACCGCAAAGGACGCAUAGCAGCACCAACAAGGAACGUGGAGCACUCUCCGUUCGAGGCGAUGGGAUUGGUCAACGGAAUUUGA